AGACAGACUGGUUGUAAAGUGUAGACAGCUAGUAUCUAGACACCGUACCGGCGGUCGCGACUCGAAACACGUUUGGAAAACAUGGCGAUCCAUUUCAGACUACCUUUGUUGUUCUUUGCGCUCUGGCUACAAAGUGGUGCUGCGACCAUGUAUGACGUUUCCGUGGAGAAUCUGAGGGCAUCUCUGGAAGGACCUUUCGGGGUCAACCGGCAUCACCUAACCAACCCCUCGGGCAAGGCGGCGGCUCGGGACCACAUCAUCUCCACGUUCAGACAGUACGGUCUGGAGGUCACAGUUCAAAACUUCACCGCGCCUAGCGCAAGCGUCAGAGGAAAUGCUGGCACCAACAUCAUCGGCGUGAAGCGCGGGAAACUGAACGGAACUUCAGACGACAAGAUCGUGGCUGUGGGGGCGCAUUACGACACCGUGUCCAACUCUCCAGGUGUUGAUGACGAUGGAUCCGGUAUGGCGGCCAUGUUGGAAAUCGCCAGGGUGAUGACGUCAUCUAACGAACAGAACUUCACCACCAUAUUUGUGGCGUUUGACCACGAAGAAAAUGCACCCCCCGCUCGUGUUGCUAUCGGUACUCCAUGUGAAACAGCUCGGGGGUCAGACGACUUCGUCUGCUCCUGGCUCCUUCCUUUCCUCCGGUCUUCAGGAGGUCCAGAAUUCCAGGGAAUCUUCAUGUUGGAGACCAUCAUGAACUAUGACCCACAGCCGAACGUCCAAACAGUUCCUCAACCCCAAUUCUUCCCAUUAGUGCGUAUACGUAUAUUAAGUUAUGUCAUGUUCUAUCAUCCCAAGGACCUUAUAUGCCCUAGCUUCAUCAUACCAAAUAUAUCACGAAAAAACGUUGUCCAUUUACCAUGAAGGAGAAUUUUGAAAAAAGUCUGGUCUAAAAUUUGGCUUGAGGAUGGGGAAUGAUAUAUUAUUCGUUUGCCAGCAAAUGUAACAUGGCUCAAUCACCUCCGCGUGAGCGAAGAUAUUACUCUCUGUAUGUAUGUCUGUGUGUGUGUUUGUCUGUGUUUCUAAAUCAUUCCACAUAUGCAAGUUAUCAUUAUUGU